AUGGCUUCUAAAAUUGUGGGCUCUCCUAGAAAGGUUCUUGCUGUUCCAGUUCGGUCCCGGUUAGCUUCUUCGCCUGUCUCUCAGUCUCCUCCGUCUGUGCUCGUCCCUGCUGACGGCUCAAAUAUGGCUGUUGCGAUUGAUCCCUCUUCAGGUAAAUCAUCCGACUCUGUUCUCCCUAAUAUUCCUCUUGUUUCAUCAGAGGCUGUGAGUGUUAAAUCUGCUAUUGGGUCUGUUAAAUCAGUGCGUCGAAACAUUAAGUCUGUUGCUCGUAAACCCUCGUCUAAAUCCCUUCCUUCUAGGUGUGUCACCCGUUCCCAGUCGUCAACCCCUGUCGGUGUGUCUUCCUCUCCUUCCCCAUCUAUCCCUUCUCAACCCUCGCCGUCCAAAGGUUCUACCAAAAAGAGGUCUUUAGGUCCUGAGUUGCUUCUUCCUCGGAAAAAGCUUUCCCAGCCCUCUACAUCUCAUUCUCCUUCUCCUUCGGUCCAUCAUAAAAAAUCUGGGUCUUCUUUGGGUUCUAAACAACCUCAAUCUUCUCCUGUGAUUAAAAAGAAAAAAGCAUCGUUUCCCAAGUCUCCUGCUCCUCCUGCGUCUGCUCCAUCUAGUGGUAGUUCUGACCUUCCCCCAUUAAUGUUCUUUUUCAACACUAGGAAGUUUCAGAAGUAUAAAGAUAGUAUGUCGUUUCGACUGUUAAAUGUGGAAUCAAAUGUCGUUUUAGAUGAUUUUCCUCGCUUUAAAGAGUCCAUGCUUUCUAGGGGUUGGAUUAAUUCUGUCUCUAAUCUACUCAUGCCAUCUCAGAAUCUUGUUCGGGAAAUUUAUUCUAAUAUUGACAAACAUAUUUUGGAAUCUUCUAAUCCCAAUCAGUUUAAACCUGUGGUUAAAUCUCCUGUUUUUUGCUCUGACUAUUCCCCUGACUUACACUUGGUUGCUGCUGAGUUAACCGGUUCUCCUGAGUUUAAAUGGCCUGAUAAUAAGGGUGCCAUUCCUGCUACUGCCCUUACAUCAUAUUAUAGGCUUCUUUUUCGGGUUGCUCUCUCAAACUGGUUGCCUAAUACUCACAAGUCUACUGUGGGUACUUAUUUGGCUCGAUUUUUGUUUGUUGUUGGCACUGGAGUGUCUAUUGACUUGUCUACCAUCAUAUUUGAUCGGAUUUAUAAUGAGGCUGUGGCUCGUGGCACAAGGUCUUUCUUACCUUUUCCAUGUCUACUUCAUCGACUGGCUCUCUCCAUUUCUCCAGAGUUCACUGCUCAAGAGGUUUUUCUAUCAGUUCCUGCAAUUGACAGCAAUCUUCGAAGUUUAAAAGUUCCUCAGGUUUUUCCUUCCACUGAUCCAGCCUCUGAUCCUGUACUGCCUGGUUUUCCAACUUCUGGCUGGAGGUUUAUGCUGUUUGACUAUAUGCAUCAGUUUCGGGCAAGUUUCAAUGAGUUUGUGUCUUCUUACAAGAAGGAUAGACAGCGCACUUUGCAAUUUGAGAGGAGGGUCUUGGCUCAAUUGGCUCAAAUUCGAGCUUCAUCUCAGGGGGAGUCCAGUGUUCCUGGUGCAUCUGUCCAAGGGGAGUCUCCAGAUAGACCUGAGCCUCAGUAA